CUAGUUCAUCUUGUUCAUCAUUCCACACACUUUGGCAUUAGCAAUCAACUAUUCCAAUAAACCCAUAUUCCAUGGCUUUCUCUAAGCUUCUAGUUGCUUCCCUUCUCGCAUCACUUCUCCUUCUUCAUCUUGUUGAUGCAACUGAUCAAUCAGCAUAUGCACAAACGCAGGGCUCUCUUCUUCAGCGUAUAGAUUGUAAAGGAGCAUGCAGGGCAAGGUGCCGUUUAUCAUCAAGACAAAAAAUGUGCCAUAGAGCUUGUGGGACUUGUUGUAGUCGCUGCAACUGUGUGCCACCUGGCACUGCUGGCAACGAAGAUGUGUGUCCCUGUUAUGCCACCUUGACUACCCACGGUGGCAGACACAAGUGUCCUUAAUUUUUUUUUAAUCAUAAUCAUAAUCAUAAAUAUCCCACAUUUACCGUUAAUUAAUUACCAUCAAUAAACAAUUAAGUCUUUGGUUAUGUUUUUUCAAUACCUGUUGAAUUGUCGAGUGUUAAUUUUUAAAAGUAAUAAUCUCAUUGUGGGUUAUUAUUUGUGAUCGCUUUCAAUCAUUCUCUAUUAGUAUAUAUAUUUAUAUUUACUUGUUUCUAUUGCCGAUGAUUUGUAUUAAUAAGAAUUUCUUCUUCGAUAUUUUUAUUUGAAA